AUGUUCAGGGCAUUUAAUUUGAGAUGCCUGAAACCGCUUACCAGCGGUGUUUCGUCAGGAUUCCAGGUUUCGCUAUUGAACAACUAUGCGAUUAAAGGCAUGAUGUCUAUCAACUUCCCCCAAGCCAGAGGUUUGGCCAGCGUUCCUUCGCCUGACCAGGAGCCGUCUUUGGAAGAAAUUAAUCCACAAAUGUUGAAGAUUGUUCCAAAUGAUGCGGACAUUGUUGCGUUGGAAAAGCAGGACGAGUUGUUGCGGAAAAGAAGGAAGUUGACCAAAGAGGUGACCCAAAUGAAGAGAUUGAAGCCAGUUUCUCCAGGUUUGAGGUGGUACCGUUCUCCAAUCUACCCAUAUCUACACAAGGGCAGAGCCAUCAAGUCACUAACAGUGGCUAAAAGAGGUACAGGUGGUAGAAACCACAGUGGUAAGAUCACGGUGAGGCAUCGUGGUGGUGGUCACAAGAGAAGAAUUAGAAUUGUGGACUUCAACCGUUUCGAACGUGGCUUACAGACUGUUCAGAGAAUUGAAUAUGACCCAGGUAGAAGUGCUCAUAUUGCGUUACUUAAGCACAACGAAACGGGCGCACUAAGCUAUAUACUUGCUUGUGAUGGGCUCAGAGCAGGAGACACAGUCGAAUCAUACAGAAAGGGUAUUCCUCCUUCAUUCUUGAAAGAGAUGGGUGGUAAAAUUGAUCCCGCCAUCUUAUCCGUCAGAACUGCUCAAAGAGGUAACUGUUUGCCAAUCUCCAUGAUUCCAAUUGGUUCCAUUGUUCACAACGUCGGAAUUACACCAACCGGCCCAGGUAAGUUCUGUCGUGCCGCUGGUUCCUACGCUCGUAUCCUAUCUAAGAUCCCAGAAAAGAAGAAGGCAAUUAUUCGCCUACAGAGUGGUGAACAUCGUUAUGUCUCUAUCGAAGCUUGUGCUACAAUGGGUGUCGUCUCCAACGUUGACCACCAAAACCGUUCGUUGGGUAAAGCAGGUAGAUCUAGAUGGCUGGGCAUAAGACCAACCGUUAGAGGUGUUGCAAUGAACAAGUGCGACCAUCCUCAUGGUGGUGGUAGAGGUAAAUCCAAAUCGAAGAAGCUAUCCAUGUCUCCUUGGGGCCAAUUAGCCAAGGGCUACAAGACCAGAAGAGGUAAACACCAAAAUAAAAUGAAGGUGAAGGAUAGACCAAGAGGAAAGGCCGGCAGAAGAGCUUGA